AUGCCUCCUCCGACAUUCUCGUCCGCUCGUCGCAUGACUGCGAAUCCUCUGAAGCCAGCCAAGCGAUAUCGCCCUGGGAAAGCAAUAGUUGAGGAGAAAGAUUCGUCAGAGGAUGAUGAGGAAGAAGCAGAUGAGAGUCUUGAGGAGCAACGAAAGGAUCUAGACAGACCAGAGAAACAACAAUUGAAACCCGCGCCACCACCUAAAGCUUCCUCGUUUCCUGCGAAAGAUGCGAAGCAAAUCACAAGUGGCGUACGGGACGUGAAAUUACAAGAAGAGGAGGAUGAGGAGGGAUUUGUAACCGAAGAGGAGGAUGAAGGUAUUGCAGCUCCUAGCAUUACUCGUCCCGGCAAUGCCCAGCCUCGGGCCACUUCUGAGAGCGCAGAAAGCUCUGGUAGUGAGGAAGAAGAGUCGGAGGACGAGGAAUCAAGCUCUGAAGACGAUGCUCCAACCCGCAAACUCCUAAGGCCAACCUUUAUCAAGAAAAACCAACGUAAAGAGUCAGCUACACCUGGCUCAGGCAUUGCGGCGACAUCGAUAGUGGAAGAGGACGAGGCGGAGCUUCGUAAAGAGAAGGCAGACGCAAUGAUUCGCAACCAGCUGGAGAAAGAGGCAGCAGCCAGGGCAGCGCAAAAGAAAUCAUGGGAUGAUGAUGAUGAAACGGGCGCAGGUGUGGAGGAAGUUAAUAUUGACGACACCGACGGCCUUGAUGCAGCUGCAGAGCUAGCCGCGUGGAGACUACGCGAACUAAAACGGGUCAAACGUGAGCGCGAAGCCAUCGAAACUGCAGAAAAGGAGCGUGAAGAAAUUGAGCGUCGUCGUAACCUUACCGCCGAAGAACGAGAUCAUGAAGAUCGUGAAUUUAUCGCUAGGCAGAAAGAAGAACGUGAAGCUAGUAGAGGCAAAGCUGGCUUCAUGCAGAAAUAUUUCCAUAAGGGUGCUUUCUUCCAGCCCGACUCCGAAAAACAUGGCUUGGCAGAAAGGGAUCUCAUGGGCUCCCGUUAUGUCGAUGAAGUACAAAACCGCGAGGCGCUGCCCCAAUAUUUACAGGUUCGAGAUAUGACACGAGUAGGGAGAAAGGGAAAAACAAAAUACAAGGAUUUAAAAACAGAAGAUACCGGACGUUGGGGUGUGGAAUCGUACUAUGGGUCCUCGGCCCCUGCGAAUAGCAGCUCUCGUUUCGGCAUUACAGAUGAGAGGUUCGCUCCUGAUCGUGUACAACCAUCCGGUCCCACAGGUGCAAAUGCGAGCUCAGUUCGAGAGAGAGAUAGGCCCCCACGAAGGAGGAGUCGAAGCCGGUCUCCGGUCAGACAGAGAUAUAGGUCCAGAUCAAGAUCCACCUCUAAAACCCGGACAAGGCGGCGGUCUCGUUCAAAGUCAAGGUCUCCUAGGCGAGGCCGUUAUCGAGAUGAAUAUCGGACAGGGAGAAAGCGCAGUCCGCCCCCAUACUCUGAUCGUGAUAAAAGACGGAGAGUAGACACCACUGCGUAA